AUGAAUAGAGAAUUAUCAUUCACCCCAAAUAAAAGAAAAAAAAUGACCUACUCUGAAGAAAAGAUAAAACCAAAUAUUAAUUUGAGUGAAAUUAGUAGUUUUGAUGAUCAACUAUUUGAAAUUGAAAGUAUGAAAGAGGAUAAUAGACAAGAAAAAGAGAGGUUAUUAGUUUAUGAUCAAAAAUUACAAUUAAGAGAAAAAGAAUUAAAUGAAAAGGAAUUUAAAUUGGAAGAAAGAGAAUUUGAAGUUGAAGAUGAAAAAGAGAAACUUAGAUUAUUAGCUUUAGAUCUUACAAAUACAAUUUCAGGUAUUGAACUUAAAACACAAAAAUUAGAAGAAAGAGAAAAAGAAGUAGAGAUAUCAAGAAAGAAAUUAUUAGAAAAGAAAAAGAAAUUGAUGGAAUUGGAAUCACAAAUAAAACAAAAAGAGCACGAAAUUAAAAUAUUCGAGUUAUCACAAUUACAAAAUUCAAAUAAAUCUGCAAUGUUACCAACAUCACAAUUGGAUUUAUUAUCAUCAUCAUCAUCAUCAUCAAUAACAUCACCAAUAAUACCAACAACUUUACCCAUUUUAACUACACCUACUAAAUCAUUAAAUCAAGUUUUAAAAUCACCAUCACGUGCUCAAAUAAAGUCACAAUUAAAACAACAAGAAAAUAAUAUUAAUAUUAGUAAUGGUGCUUUGGCAUCAUCAGCAUCAUCAAACUCAUCAACAUUAAUUAAAGCAAGAAAAACAUUACUACCUGUACAAAGAAAAUCAAUUUUAUCAUCCACUGCCGCCCCAAUAUCAUCCACAUCACUCCCAAGAAAAUCUAUUUUAGCUUCAAACCCAGCAGCAUUAGCAUCAACUGCCCCAGCCUCAUCAUCCAAUACAACAUCAACAUUAAAAUCGAAAUUACAAAGAAGACCUACACUUUUUAGUCCUAGUAAUAGUAUUACUAAUACCAAUACCGGUGGUAUAACACCUCAAAAUUAA